GCCAAACAUGAGGUUUGAUUGGUGCCUCAUCUCCGCUUUCCCUCUGCUUUAUUCAAGGACAUCCCAUGAAAUAGAGAUGACCCACCCUGAAAAAGAAGCAAAUGGAGUAGACAAUCCCACUUUUAUGACUGAUGAUGGUAAACACUGUAACUUCGUAACAUGUGUGGUGCACCAUGAAGAAAAACCAGAAGAUGUCAGCAGGCAAGGUGGUAACAAGCCGGCAUACACUGUCACAGAUAUACCUCCAUGGCAUCUUUGCAUCUUCCUGGGAAUUCAGCAUUACCUGACUGCCCUUGGAGGUCUCGUCGCAAUUCCUCUCAUCCUUUCCAAAUCACUUUGUCUGGAGCAUGACACUCUGACACAAAGUCACCUGAUCAGCACCAUAUUUUUCGUCUCAGGGAUCUGCACUCUUCUUCAAGUUAUCUUUGGAGUAAGGCUACCUAUUCUACAAGGAGGAACCUUUGCAUUUUUAACACCUUCACUGGCCAUGCUCAGUUUGCCCCUCUGGAAGUGCCCUGCUUGGACCAAUAAUGCCAGCAUGGUGGAUCCUACUUCCUCAAAUUUCACUGAGUUAUGGCAGGUUCGAAUGAGAGAGUUGCAGGGAGCAAUUAUGGUAGCAUCUUGCUUCCAAAUUUUUGUUGGCUUUUCGGGUCUCAUUGGAUUCCUGAUGCGGUUCAUCGGCCCUCUGACUAUUGCUCCAACCAUAACUUUGGUGGCACUGCCUCUCUUUAGGUCCGCAGGAAAAGAUGCUGGAGAACACUGGGGGAUAGCAGCCAUAACGAUUUUCUUCAUAGUUUUAUUCUCUCAGUAUCUGAAAAAUGUGCCUGUUCCACUACCAUCUUACAAAAAAAGCAAAAAAUGCCAUUUCUCCAAGAUCUACCUCUUCCAGAUCUUUCCAGUGCUGUUUGGUCUCACAAUUACGUGGCUAUUAUGCUUUGUACUGACCAUCACCAACGUUCUCCCUUCAGAUACAAGAGCUUAUGGUUAUUUAGCUCGGACUGACAGCAAAGGUGAUGUCAUAAGCAAGGCACCCUGGUUUCGAUUUCCUUACCCAGGCCAGUGGGGAGUGCCCACGAUUAGUUUGGCUGGUGUAUUUGGCAUCAUAGCUGGAGUGAUCUCCUCCAUGGUGGAGUCAGUGGGAGAUUACUAUGCCUGUGCUCGUUUGUCUGGUGCUCCACCCCCUCCCAAGCACGCAAUCAAUCGUGGAAUUGGAGUAGAAGGGAUUGGCUGCCUUCUGGCUGGAGCCUGGGGAACAGGAAAUGGUACCACUUCCUACAGUGAAAAUGUUGGAGCUUUGGGAAUCACUCGGGUAGGUAGUAGAAUGGUCAUUGUAGCUGGGGGCCUUGUUCUGCUUUUGACGGGUAUGUUUGGCAAAGUUGGGGCUGUGUUUGCCAGCAUUCCAACACCCAUCAUCGGAGGAAUGUUUCUUGUGAUGUUUGGUAUCAUCACGGCUGUGGGGGUUUCUAAUUUACAGUACACAGACAUGAAUUCUUCCAGAAACAUAUUCAUCUUUGGAUUUUCUAUAUUUGCUGGCUUGACUGUUCCGCACUGGGUGGAGAACAAUGCAGAAAAACUAAAAACAGGAACUGUACAGCUAGACCAAGUGAUCCAGGUGCUGCUAACUACUGGCAUGUUUGUUGGCGGAUUCCUGGGCUUUUUUCUUGAUAACACUAUUCCAGGAAGCCAAGAAGAACGAGGACUCCUCACUUGGAGAAAAGAUUAUAAUGAAGAGUCUGAUGGUGCUGUGAAUAACCUGCACAUAUAUGAUCUUCCAUUUGGAAUAGGUUCCAAGUUCUGUGUUACUAAAUGGUUUAAAUAUCUUCCAAUGUGCCCUAAGCAGCUGGAUACCCGAGGCGCAAAGGAACAGAAGAGCAACAAAGUUGAUUUUGAUAGGAACUCUGAUAAUGAUAUUAACACAAAGGUUUAAAUCCGCACCAGAAAGGUGGGAGGAAAACCCGGUUUCCUAAGCUUCUGAAAAAUCAUCUUCCUUUUUGUGGGUUUUGUAGCCCUUGAGUUGUGUGUGGCUCAAGACUAAUGUCCAAAAAACAGUUUCACUAUUUCCUCUCCCGCCCACCCCCUGCCCCCGACUGCC